CUGAGGUUCCUGUCCCAGACAGAAUCUGUCACAGCCUUCAUGGGAGAUACUGUGCUACUCAAGUGUGAAGUCAUUGGGGAGCCCAUGCCAACAAUACACUGGCAGAAGAACCAACAAGACCUGAUUCCAAGCUCAGGCAACUCCCGUGUGGUGGUCUUGCCCUCUGGAGCAUUGCAGAUCAGCAGACUUCAGCUGGGGGACACCGGCAUCUAUCGAUGCUUAGCGCGGAAUCCAGCCAGCUCAAGAACAGGCAACGAAGCAGAAGUCAGAAUUCUGUCAGACCCAGGACUGCAUAGGCAGCUGUACUUCCUGCAACGACCAUCCAACGUAGUAGCCACUGAAGGAAAAGAUGCCGUCUUGGAGUGCUGUGUUUCUGGCUAUCCUCCUCCAAGUUUUACCUGGUUACGAGGAGAAGAAGUCAUCCAACUCAGGUCCAAAAAGUAUUCUUUAUUGGGUGGAAGCAACUUGCUUAUCUCCAACGUGACAGAUGAUGACAGUGGGACUUACACCUGUGUUGUCACAUAUAAAAAUGAGAAUAUUAGUGCCUCUGCAGAGCUCACAGUCUUGGUUCCACCAUGGUUUUUAAUUCAUCCUUCCAACCUCUAUGCCUAUGAAAGCAUGGACAUUGAGUUUGAAUGUGCAGUCUCUGGAAAGCCUGUACCCACAGUGAACUGGAUGAAGAAUGGAGAUGUGGUCAUUCCUAGUGACUACUUUCAGAUAGUGGGAGGAAGCAACUUACGGAUCCUUGGAGUAGUGAAGUCGGAUGAAGGUUUUUAUCAAUGUGUGGCAGAAAAUGAGGCUGGAAAUGCCCAGACCAGUGCACAGCUCAUUGUCCCUAAGCCUGCUAUCCCAAGCUCCAAUGUCCUCCCUUCUGCUCCCAGAGAUGUGGUCCCUGUCUUGGUUUCCAGUCGAUUUGUUCGUCUCAGCUGGCGCCCACCUGCAGAAGCAAAAGGGAACAUCCAAACCUUCACAGUCUUUUUCUCCAGAGAAGGUGACAAUAGGGAACGAGCGUUGAAUACAUCCCAGCCUGGGUCCCUUCAGCUUUCUGUGGGAAACCUGAAGCCAGAAGCCAUGUACACCUUCCGAGUUGUGGCCUGUAAUGAAUGGGGGCCAGGGGAGAGUUCUCAACCCAUCAAGGUGGCCACUCAGCCUGAGUUGCAAGUUCCAGGGCCAGUAGAAAACCUGCAAGCUGUAUCUACCUCACCUACCUCAAUUCUUAUUACCUGGGAACCCCCUGCCUAUGCAAAUGGGCCAGUCCAAGGUUACAGAUUGUUCUGUACUGAGGCCGCCACAGGAAAAGAACAGAAUAUAGAGGUUGAUGGACUAUCUUAUAAACUGGAAGGCCUGAAAAAAUUCACGGAAUAUAAUCUUCGAUUCCUAGCUUACAAUCGCUAUGGGCCAGGAGUAUCUACUGAUGAUAUAACAGUGGUUACCCUCUCUGAUGUGCCAAGUGCCCCACCACAGAACAUCUCCCUGGAAGUGGUUAAUUCGAGGAGUAUCAAAAUAAGCUGGCUGCCUCCUCCAUCAGAAACACAAAAUGGAUUUAUUACAGGCUAUAAAAUUCGACACAGAAAAACGACCCGCAGGGGUGAGAUGGAAACACUGGAGCCAAACAACCUCUGGUACCUAUUCACAGGAUUGGAGAAAGGAAGUCAGUACAGUUUCCAAGUGUCAGCCAUGACAGUCAACGGCACUGGACCACCUUCCAACUGGUACACAGUGGAGACCCCAGAGAACGAUCUUGAUGAGUCUCAGGUUCCUGACCAGCCAAGCUCUCUUCAUGUGAGGCCACAGACCAACUGCAUCAUCAUGAGUUGGACUCCUCCCUUGAACCCAAACAUUGUCGUGCGAGGAUACAUCAUUGGUUAUGGUGUUGGUAGCCCUUAUGCCGAGACAGUACGUGUGGACAGUAAGCAGCGAUAUUAUUCCAUUGAGAGAUUAGAGUCAAGUUCUCAUUAUGUAAUCUCCCUAAAAGCUUUUAACAAUGCAGGAGAAGGAGUUCCUCUUUAUGAAAGUGCCACCACUAGAUCUAUAACAGAUAUCUCCACCCCCAUGCUCCCACCAGUAGGUGUACAGGCUGUGGCUCUUACCCACGAUGCCGUGAGGGUCAGCUGGGCAGAUAACUCUGUCCCUAAGAACCAAAAAACGUCCGAAGUGCGACUUUAUACCGUCCGGUGGAGGACCAGCUUUUCUGCAAGUGCGAAAUACAAGUCAGAAGACACAACAUCUCUGAGUUAUACGGCAACAGGCCUCAAACCAAACACAAUGUAUGAGUUCUCGGUUAUGGUAACAAAAAACAGAAGGUCAAGCACAUGGAGCAUGACUGCACAUGCCACAACGUAUGAAGCAGCCCCGACCUCUGCUCCCAAGGAUUUGACAGUCAUUACUCGAGAAGGGAAGCCGCGUGCUGUCAUUGUGAGCUGGCAGCCUCCCCUUGAAGCCAAUGGGAAAAUUACCGCUUACAUCUUGUUUUAUACCUUGGACAAGAACAUACCAAUUGAUGACUGGAUUAUGGAAACAAUAAGUGGUGAUCGGCUAACUCAUCAAAUCAUGGAUCUCAACCUUGACACCAUGUAUUACUUUCGAAUUCAAGCACGGAAUGCUAAAGGAGUCGGGCCCCUGUCUGAUCCCAUCCUCUUCAGGACUCUGAAAGUGGAACACCCUGACAAAAUGGCUAAUGACCAAGACAUUGGCGUGAUAAUUAAUCCUGUUAAUGAAGUUCUGCUUGGCUGAGGCUGCGGCUGUGAUAGGGAAGAUGUAAAUUUUCUUGAGAGGAAAUUGUUUUGUCUCUAUUCUGAAGGACCAAUUAAAACGUCAAGCUUCUUUGUAAGAAAUAAAUUUUUUGUCU